AUGUUGGCUACCAAACCGCCAUUCUCUGGCUCGUCCAUCAGCACAGCUGGUCUGGCUGCCAAUACGAUCCAGUCCGGCCUGCCCACUGCCCGCCGCAUCCCAAACAUUGCCAACCCACCUCAGAGCUUCGCCAGUCCGACGGAGUCGGAGUUUUCUGAGACGGACGGCCCCGACUCGGUCAAAAACUGGGAUGAGGACCGCGUCUGUGAUUACCUCGUCAGCGUCAAGUGCGGCGAGUACGAGAAGAUAUUUCGCAAGAACAAUAUAAAUGGCCAGAACCUCUUGGAGAUGGACAAGGAGGUCCUCAAGGAAAUGGGUAUUGACAAGGUCGGCGACCGCGUCCGCCUGUUUCUGUGCAUCAAGAAGCUACGAACAAAGGCAUACGCCAACCAGAAGAAGAGAAAUAGGGACUCAUUCGCCGCUCUCGAACCUAUAUCCAUUUCUGCCCCCGGGGUCUCGCCGCGGCCCCUCAAUCUCCGAAGUAGCAACAGCAACAGCACAAACCCCGCGCCCGUGAACCGACGAUACUCGAGACAAAUCGAUGUACCAGCGCCUCUCGAGAUUGACCGCUCCAACAGACCUGCUUCGCCACCCAUGUCGGGCGAAAUGCGCUCGGCGAGACAGCAGCGAUUCCCUGCUGGCGGCUAUAUGAGCAAUGCCACACCCAGUGCCUCUGCCAGAAUGCCUGCGCCCGAAGGAGCAACAACCGGCCGCUUGCCUACAGCUCAUACGAGAAACAACUCUAGCAUGGAUGGCUCUCUCAUGGCUGCCCUACCACAGGGACAAGACGUUAUCCGUGUCAUAUCCACCGGCGGUGUCACCAAAGUGGUCAAGAUCGCCGACUGUAAUACCUGCGAGGAUGUCAUGCGUGUGACACUACGAAAGUUCGCGCUGCGAGAGGAUCACGAAAGAAAUUACUGCUUCUGGGUUCUCACCGGUCUCGACCCGGACCCCCGCGAAUGCAGACGUCUCGGCGACACGGAGCUAUGGCGUAUCAUCAAGGACCAGCGCCGUUCAGAGCGCAACCGGCUAAUUCUGCGCCGCGUCCCCGCUGGUGAGCCUGGAGAGGCUGAGCUGCAGCGGGCCGCGGCUAUUGCCCUGGAAGAAGAGCAGCAGAAACACACCCGCGCCCUCGAGUCGGUCGACAAGCGCAGCCAGGUCAAGGUGCAGAAACUGCUGGGUGAGAACUGGCACGAGGAGUUGCAGCAGCCGCUAUCCCCGCUCCUGUUCCGCGACCGUGACGAAUACUACAAAGCUGCCAUGCGGGAGCUUGAGAGGCCUUCGCCCACAUCCGAAGCGCGACCGCAGAGCAAGAGCAGCGUUGCACUCCGUCAGUUCGGCGGUCUGCGACCUCCCAGUGAACUGAUUGCCUCUGAUCUCACGUCGUACUUUCCUGAUCAUCCUCGCGAGGAGAUUGACCGCACUGCGCGUCUUUCUAUGCGCCGAUCCACGCGUCUGAGCAGAAUCAACAGCCGCUUGAGUGUCGCCAGCAACUUGAGCUUUGCUUCCAGCGUUCAGGAUGCGCCGCCUAUGCCGACCAUUGCUGAUUCUUGGCUCAACGGAAAUGCACACAUCGCCAAGGUCCGUAAUCGAGAUGCUCGCAGCACGAUGUACCGCGACUCAAUUUCAUCUUCCAUGCUUGAUACCCUUCAAGAGGAGACACCCUCAGAGCCCGACCGCAAAUCCUAUGUCUCCUUUACCGAGAGCAACUCUGAUACGGCAGCUGGCAGCCUGACACAAUCGGAUGGCACCAUGGCCAGAGUCAUGAGCUACUACGAUGGCGAAGGCUCUACGGGCUCAGUGCAUGAUAUCAAGCAAGCUCUUACCAAUGACGGCGAGGAUGACGACGAGGAGCUACAAAGUUUCUUGGACGGAGAUUCCUGGGACGACAACAAGUGGAUGAAGGGAGCUCUGAUUGGUCAAGGUUCGUUCGGCUCCGUAUACCUUGCACUGCACGCCGUCACCGGCGAGCUUCUCGCCGUCAAGCAAGUCGAGACUCCUUCCGGAACGCUUAGCGCUAGCGACACGCGCAAGAAGAGCAUGAUCGACGCGUUGAAGCGAGAAAUUGGACUGUUGAGAGAGCUCAGACACCCAAACAUUGUGCAGUACCUGGGCUGCAGCUCCUCAGACAACAACCUUAAUAUUUUCCUCGAGUAUGUUGCUGGUGGCUCUGUGCAGACUAUGCUCAACUCGUACGGUGCACUGGGUGAACCUCUCGUGCGCAGCUUUGUGCGCCAGAUCCUGACUGGUCUGUCUUAUCUCCACGAGCGUGACAUUAUUCACCGCGACAUCAAAGGUGCCAACAUUCUGGUCGACAACAAGGGUACCAUCAAGAUUUCCGAUUUUGGUAUCUCCAAGAAGCUCGAGGCAUCGAAUCUGUUGGGUGGCGCUAAGAACGCCAAACACAGACCUUCGCUGCAGGGCUCGGUCUUUUGGAUGGCGCCCGAAGUGGUGAAGCAAACGUCGUACACGCGCAAGGCAGACAUUUGGUCGCUGGGAUGCUUGGUUGUCGAGAUGAUGACAGGCACGCACCCAUUCCCCGACUGCAGCCAGCUGCAGGCUAUCUUCAAGAUUGGUGGCGGCAAAGCAUCGCCAACGAUCCCUGAACACGCCAGCGAGGACGCCAAGAAGUUCUUGAACCAGACUUUCGAGCUGGAUCAUGACUUGCGCCCGAGCGCGGACGAGCUGAUGCUGAGUCCGUUUCUCAACCCUAUUACGUGA